ACUUUCUUUUCUGAGACCAUGACCACACCAGCAAUGAUGGCCUCUGGUCCUCUGACCCCACCAUCGAUCGACUCGGUCCCCACCACCAUCAAAAUGGAGGACCUCCAAGUCCCAUACACAACACCAUCACCAUCACCAUCUUCUAUGGACACAUCAGAGCCCUCCGCACAAACACCGGCACCCUUGACAACAGGGAGCAAACCGGUAAAAAAGAGGAAAUCAUGGGGCCAAGUUCUCCCAGAACCGAAGACCAGCCUACCACCCCGCAAGCGAGCCAAGACCGAGGACGAGAAGGAGCAGCGACGCAUCGAGCGUGUAAAACGUAACCGCCUCGCCGCCCACAACUCUCGCGAACGUAAGCGUCAAGAGACCGAGCACCUCCAACAACAGAAGGACGCCCUCGAGGCCGAAAUGAACGCACUCCGCGAGAAGGCUAACAGGGUUGAUAAGCUGGAGGCCGAGCUCAGAUACUGGCACCAGAAGUACCCUGGUGAGAAGGCUGAGUCAUCCGACGUGACCUUCAGCUUCACCGAGACCGUCGAUACCUUCAACCCCUCGCAGGCUCUCUCGGCGCCUCCAUACUCUCCCAUUUCAAUGGACUCGAUGGAUUCACCAAGAGAUUCGUCCUGCCAGCCUGAGACGCCCGCCUCCACAUUCGAGGCCAUCCCCGAAUUCGACUCGACACAAUAUCCUGCUGCGAUGUUGUGUGACCUGCAGUGUCAGUCGAUUUCGGGCAUGGCCUCCCCCAUGGCGGCGAUCCUUGCCUAUCUUACUCUCUUCAACCUCUACAUACAGUCGAUACAAAGCCUGUUGUCCUCGACAACCUCUUCGACUUCGACCAGUUCCCUGAAGGUUCUCAUUCAGUGGAACCCAAUGUUAGCCUGGCUCACAACGAUGACUUUUUCGGCACAGCCUUCUUUGGCCCAGGCUCAACUUCAGACUACUCAGGCCUUCCUGACGGUUUUGAAGCAAAGUUCUUUGACAUGCAGAGUGCCUCUGGCGCACCUUUCGGUUGCGACGAGGCUCUCGCAGCAGACAACUAGCUUCGAGAACGCCAUCAAGCCUGGUAGCGAGAAGAGCGAGACUGGGUCUCUUGGUGGCGUCCGAAGCUCACGAUUGAUGAAGUCUUGUAGGCUUAGACAAUUAGGUCGGCGUAAGGGUGUA